UGUGAACGAGCCCCGCGCUGAUUGGCUGCUCAGAGCGAGGGGCGGGGCAAGGAGGCGAUCAAUGGAUGGCGGGGCGGGGGCGGAAAAAGGGGGUGGAAAGGGGGGAAGAAAAGGGGGAUCGAAAGGGCUGAGAAAAGGGCGAUUAAAAGGGGUAAGAAAAGGGGGAUCAAAAGGCCCCUCGGCCCCCCACGCCCAGACCCCCCAACCCUGUGGCCCUGGCGUAGCUCGGCCCCCGGUACUAGGGCCACCCUGGCCCUCCGCCCCGCUAUGCGGUCCCCCCCAGUCCCGGUGCCCCACGGCCCCCAGCCUGACUGUUCUGGAAGCCCCCGGCCCACUGCCCCCUGGCCUCCCGCCGUGUCCGGUGCUCCAGGGCCCUCAUCCCCCUUGCACGGCUGCAGCCCAGACCCGCUGCCCCACGGCCCUUAGUCCUGCUGGACUGUGAUCCCCAGUCCCGCUGCCCCACGGAGCCCCCACACACAGCCUCUGUGUCCCCCGGCCCCUGCGCCCCCCUCCUCACUCCCACGCAGGGCCGGGCGCUGGAUGCGCCGUGGGUGAUUCAUCCUGCUCCAACCCCCCCCGCGCCGGCAGCUGCCAAAAAUAGCGCUGCGGGAGGGGGGGAACCUUCCACAUCACCUCCCGCCCCCCCGCCUCACCGGCGGCAGGCCGGGAUGGUGGCCACGGGCCGCUGUUCCCGACACCCCCAUCCCCGGGGCCGUGGGAACCGGGACCUGGAGCGGAGGGACCCCAUGUUCCGGUUGCCACGUGAGCGAGUGCCAGCCCUGUCGCCGUGAGCCCGGCCAUGCCCAGCCCCGUCCGCCGCGCCCCCAGCGCCGCGGUGCCUCUGGGACUCCCCAUGGUCCCGGCGGAGGGCUCGGCGCUGCUGCGCGCCGUGUCCCAAGGGAAAUUCCGCCUGACCCGGCUGCUGCUGGAGGGGGGAGCCUACAUCAACGAGGGCAAUGCCGCGGGCACGACGCCGCUGAUGGCAGCGUGCCGCGCCGGCUACGCCGACCCGCCCGAGCAGCCGCGGAUGGUCCAGUACCUUCUGGAGAACGGCGCCGAUCCCAACAUUCCCGACAAAGCCGGGAAGACGGCGCUGAUGCACGCUUGUGCGGAGCGCGCCGGCCCGGCCGUGGUCGCCAUCCUGCUGUCCCACGGCGCCGACCCCAGCGCCCGCGAUUACGCCGGCGGCUCCGCGCUGGUUUACGCCUUGGAGCGCGGGGACCGGGAGACGCUGCAGGUGCUGCUGGACGCGUGUCGGGAGCGCGGGCGCGACGUCAUCAUCAUCACCUCGGCCACGUCGCCCCGCGGCACCAAAACCACCCGGCAAUACCUGAACUCGCCCCCGUCGCCCGCGCUCUGCGCGUCCCCCUCGCAGGUGCAGGUGCGGGCGGCGGCGUCGCCGCCGGGUGCCGGCGCAAGGGACGAGGAGCGCGACGUGUUCCGCUUCCCACCCGCGGCUCCGGGCGCAGCUCCAGAAUCAUCCCGGGCCGGGCCCAAGCGGCAGCUGAAGAGGCUCAACUCGGAGCCGUGGGGGCUGGUGGUGCCAGGGGUGGAGGGGAUACGGGAACACUCCGAGGGGACACAGGGAAGCCUGGAGGGGACACAGGGACCCUCAGAGGGAACAGAGAAAACCUUAGAGGAGAUACGGGGACCCCCAGAGGGGACACGGAGACCCUUGGAGGGGACACGGGGCCCCUCAGAAGGUUCGUGGGGCUCCCCUGAGGGCCCUCGGGAGCCCCUGGAAGGGCCGUCAGCCUCCCCGGAGCGGCUGCGGAUGGGGCUGGAGGCGCUGCGGCUGCGCCCGCGCCGGCACAGCGUGGAGGGGCGCGAGGUCUUGGGGCUGCCAGGAGUCACCUGGGCAGAACGGGUGCCCCCUGUCCCCAGCCCGGGGCGUUGGGCUGCAGCCCCCGAUCCUCCACGGGGCAAACCCCUGCGCCGGGACCCCCCCAAUCCUGAGCUAGGCCCCGCCGGGCCGCUGCGGCACCCGGCCGCGCUGCUGGAGCGCCGUGGCUCUGGAACGCUUCCCCUGGAGCCCCUGGGGCCGGGCAGGGCUGGGCUGCUCCCCCCGCUGCCCCCCCGAGCACUGCUCCGCCGGCACUCCAUGCAGCCGGAGGCCCUGCGGCACCUCGGGGCCCUCUGCGGGGGGCUGGCUCCUGAGCCUGGCUCUUAGGGACCCCCCAGGCCCGCCUGGGCCGUGGUACCAUCUGCUCUGAACCCUGCUAAGGGUCAGCACAAACCCUUUGUCGACACAAACUCUGCACGACCCCGAAUUUGGGGAGCUGGUGGGUGCAUUCCCAAUUCCCAGACCCCCCAGUAUCCUUCUGCUGCUCCUGCCUCACCUCUCAGCAGCUCUCUUCCCUAGACCCAUCGCUGGUGGUCCCCAGCUGGCAAUAAAGGACCCAGUGUAGCUCAGUGGCUCUGAUGGGUUGGCCCAUCUGUGGGUUUGGGGACACAGGGGACAGCUGGGGGCACAGCUGGAUGCCAGAUCCCAGCACAUCUGGGCACAGGGACCCCACUGGGACCCCCCAAGCUUUGCACAGCUGUUGCUCCUCAAUGCCAGUUUUAAGGAAAAAAAAGAAAAAAGGUUUCUCAAGACCGGCAUUGUUUUACUGCUAGGCUGGGAGCAAUCCUCAGGAUCCUUGGGGAUCCAGCAGUCUGGAUGGGGGAGGGAUUUUAGGGAAAAGGGCAUGGGAGGAGCUGGGGAGCUUCAAUGAAGGACAAAGAACAAGAAGACAAACUUAGACAAAAUCUUGUUAUUUAACAGAAAACAAGGAAUUUCUGGUGGGAUAAAUACCAUGGGAGAUUUAGGGACCAUUUGCCUAGGGCAUGGAAAAAACUCCUGGGAUGUACUGGGAUGGGGGGCUGGGAGAGAUCAGGGAUGAGGUUUGGGUCCCCCAAACCUGAGGGAAAUCCCCCCAACCCGCAGAGACUGCUGCUUCCCUCUUAUUUGUCCUUUGAAAACAAUAUAAUUCCAUAAAACCC